UACGGGCAUGAACGUCUAGCGAAAAGUACGAGCUUGAACGUUUAACGACAAAGCGGAGCAAUAAUUAACAUAUUCAGGCCGAGUGAUAAUUAAGAUGUUACAGAUUUUGAGCAUAUUGUUUUGUGUUUAUUUCGUUAAUAUAAUUCAUAUUGCUCGGGUAAACUUCUUUCGUGUCUAACAAUCUUGCAUAAAUAAGCGGAACAAUAAUUGACAGAUUAAUUUUAUUGCUGAGUUUAUUUUUAAUAUAAUACAUUUCUUUUCGUGUUGUUCCAAUAAAAUUUCUUUCAUAUAUAACAAUAUAGUGGACAAUAAUUCUGAAGUCAUGACGUGCAGAAGCUGCUAGAAACAUAAGUGACGUGGGCUGUUGGUUGUUACUAUGAGUGUCAGGGAUGGUUCCGCGCGGAUGACGAUCAGGGAAACGGCCCUACUGAUGAUGGCACAAGCGUAUGCGGGGUGGGCACCAUCAGGAACGCACCCUAAGCGAGGAAAGGUGUACAACGAAGGUAUCAUCAAAGCAUCCUGCUCUGUGCAAGGUUCCCAUUGGCGGAAGCUUGCUGAACACAGAAUGACGCAAGGCUCCACCGACAUUGGUGGGUGGUGGAAAACCAGAAUAAGCCGUUCACUGAGAUCACGUGACCAACACAAAUGCGACGGAUGAUCUCUGUCGUGGGAAAUCGACGCUCGUGGUCCUCGCCACCUUUUCAAACUCGAAACUCUUCCGAUGCAAGCCGUUCAUCCCGCACGGCUUCACAGGUGGAUCGUUUCGCCUCAUCGUUCGUGCGUAAUGAUCGUUUCCAGUCGUCUAAUCCUCCCGUUAAAUUUCAACAAACCAACGACGCACACGUGCUCCUUUUCUGUCACGACUUUCCAGUACCGUCCAUCCCACAACGUCUUCGGAGCACGUGUUCCUCUACAAGUGCCAGAACAGAUAGACUCGGUGUGGGGUUGGGCGUCACCCCCGCUGCGCCUCCAAUUAGCCGGGGGGUCUCGGGGCGCCUCGGGGAGUGCAGGCACUGGUGCUGGUGCCCAGGCCUCACAGAGAAUGGGCGAAAUGGUGGUGGAGCGAGCUCCGUCCCCUCUACGCCUUGGCCACACCUCCGAGAAGCACCCCGGCGCCACCCUGACGGAACUAAAUGUAUUGCGAAGACACAGAGAACUUUGCGACGUUGUUCUCAACGUUGGAACGAGAAAAAUAUUUGCUCACAGAGUCAUACUGUCCGCAUGCAGCCCUUAUUUCAGGGCAAUGUUUACUGGCGAAUUGGCAGAGUCACGACAAACAGAAGUAACCAUUAGGGACAUCGAUGAGGUCGCAAUGGAGCAGCUAAUAGACUUUUGUUACACUUCUCAAAUAAUAGUUGAAGAAGCAAACGUUCAGACUCUCUUACCGGCAGCGUGCCUUCUCCAACUCGCUGAGAUCCAAGAUGUUUGUUGUGAAUUUCUUAAACGACAAUUAGACCCAUCAAACUGCCUUGGUAUUCGCGCCUUUGCUGACACUCACUCCUGCAGAGAACUUUUACGCAUCGCUGACAAAUUUACCCAGCAUAAUUUUCAAGAGGUAAUGGAGAGCGAAGAGUUCCUGCUGCUCCCUGUAGGUCAGCUAGUGGAUAUCAUAUCAUCAGACGAAUUGAACGUCCGAACUGAGGAACAAGUUUUUAGUGCAGUAAUGAACUGGGUAAAGUACAAUGUAACAGAGCGGAGACAACAUCUAGCACUAGUGUUACAACACGUGCGACUCCCACUUCUGAGUCCGAAGUUCUUAGUAGGAACAGUAGGAUCGGACUUACUUGUUCGUUCGGACGACGCAUGUCGGGAUUUGGUAGACGAAGCGAAAAAUUAUCUGUUGCUACCACAAGAACGUCCCUUAAUGCAGGGUCCACGAACAAGACCAAGGAAGCCAACACGACGUGGAGAAGUUUUGUUCGCUGUAGGAGGAUGGUGUUCAGGGGAUGCAAUCGCCAGUGUUGAAAGAUUCGACCCCAACACAGCUGACUGGAAAAUGGUAGCGCCCAUGAGCAAAAGAAGAUGCGGUGUUGGGGUUGCAGUACUUAAUGACUUGCUGUACGCAGUUGGAGGCCAUGACGGACAAAGCUACUUAAAUAGCAUCGAGCGAUAUGAUCCCCAGACUAAUCAAUGGUCGUGUGAUGUCGCACCAACAACUUCAUGCCGUACUAGUGUGGGUGUUGCUGUUUUAGAUGGAUUUCUAUAUGCCGUUGGUGGGCAAGACGGCGUGCAAUGUCUAAAUCAUGUAGAAAGAUACGACCCGAAGGAGAACAAGUGGUCCAAAGUCGCGCCUAUGACAACCCGAAGACUAGGAGUUGCAGUUGCUGUGCUAGGAGGAUAUUUGUACGCGAUCGGCGGGUCCGAUGGUCAAUCGCCCCUGACUACAGUAGAAAGAUACGAUCCUAGACAAAAUAAAUGGUCGCAAGUUUCACCGAUGUCAACAAGACGCAAACACCUUGGUUGUGCAGUGUUCAAUAAUCUUAUAUACGCAGUCGGUGGAAGAGAUGAUUGCAUGGAGCUAUCUAGCGCCGAAAAAUAUCACCCUCUCACUAACUCUUGGAGUCCCAUUGUGGCCAUGACGUCCAGGAGAAGUGGGGUCGGUUUGGCAGUUGUAAACGGUCAACUUUAUGCCGUUGGUGGAUUUGAUGGAACAGCAUAUCUAAAAACAAUCGAAGUUUAUGACCCAGAGCAAAAUCAAUGGCGGUUGUGUGGUUGCAUGAAUUAUCGAAGGCUAGGCGGAGGUGUUGGAGUGAUGCGAGCCCCACAAACUGAGAAUUAUAUUUGGUAGCUCAGGCCCCCCACUUCAGCUCAACAAGCUGAAAGUUUCACAAUCCCUACAACUCCAACAGCACCUCUUUCCGUUCCUAUCGCCAUAACAACAACUAGAAAACGCUAUCGACGUUCCAUGAGCAUCAUAUAAUAAUUAUAGAAUGACAAAAGUCAAGCAUUUCACCAAAAGUUAACGGAAAUUUGCGUAACUCAUUUACUAACAGCUCACCAAGAUUUACCACUACAUUUCACCAAAAGACAUAUAUAAAUAUUGUUAGGUAGCUGCACGUAAUUUCAACUGGCGACAUCCUCAGUUGUCUAAAAAAUAAAAAAACAAGGUUGUGAGAUAAAGAGCGUGUAAAUAAGUUUUCUUCCUUGAUUUUCACAUACUUUUGUCAAGGACAAGCAAUAUUUUUUUGAUUAUGACUCGAAAUAGUAUUGUAUGUAACGUUUACUAAAAUAUACUCUUUUUUUUUCUUUUGCUAACAUCGAAGGUUCUUAUAUUUAUUUUUGCGCCAUAACAUGACUCCAGUACUUGAUCGUUCAAUCAUUGCGAUACAAUUUUAAACCAUGCACGUUUGAAUCCAUGUAUCUCUUUCCCUUUUUCUAUUUGACAAUAUCACCUCAAAUGAGCUCAGGCUUAUUUUUGACUGAUUAUAAUCUCAGCUACAAAACGAUCACCAAUAAUCAUUUAUCAUUGAUUAUUAUUGGUUAUUCAAAUAGCUUCGUUUUAUUUAUGCCUUCUUUUUUCCGACGACUAUUAAGUAAGUAGGAGAGUAACAAGUAAACGAAAAACCAACACAUGAUGCACCCUAGAUGUAACGUUAAAAAUUUCAUAUUACAUUCAGCUGGGUUACUUUAUUGUAUUGGUGUAAAAUACCAGCUUAGCCACAUGACAAAUGUAGUCCUCUCUCAAAUUUAUUACGCUGGAAUUUACGAAAAUUAGUUGAAACAGAGUUGUUUGUACCGCAUACGACUAGGAUAACGUACCGAAAGAAAUUGUGUCAUGUAAUUAAUAAUAAUAACGUGCUUCAAUUUAUACGUUUUAAGACUUGCGUUGGCCUGAUGGCAAUAUUUUACUUGCCUGCUUGAAAAACUUGUAUAACUUUGUAUUAUAUCACAUACUUUAAUGUAUUAGAAGAAAAAAGAUUAUUCUUUACGUCAAAAUGUUUUUCUUUUAAACUGUAGCGUGCGAGAAGGAUUUAUUACAAUACAUAGAUUGAAAUGCAGAUCAAUACCAAUCAUAGGUAAUAGAUAACAAUAAUUAAUUAGCUAGUAGCUUAUUAAGUUUUGCAUUCCGUUCAUAGUAAUGCUUUUUUCGAAUACAUUAGCCGCUGCUGUACACAGUACAUAAAUAUGCUGGAGAGUUAUUUUUUUAACCAAUCUUCCGUUUACAGAACUGCACAAUGUCUUGUAAGAUGUUCAAUUCACAAAAUACUAUUUGAGCAACGUAAAUCUUGAUCAUGAUAUUAAUUCUGUAUAUAUUGACGAAAUACGUGUCCGAAUAAUGUUAACGAAAAUAUAUUAGUUAAACUUAA